GGCGUAGUCAACAUGGCGUUCAAUUUUGGCGGCGCUGUGGGUAACGCAGCAGCAAACACGUCCGGGUUUUCGUUUGCCUCAUUUGGUGCCAAGACAACAGCACCAGCAACGUUUGGUUUCAACCCGACAGCCACCACCACCACCGCCUCUUCAGGGUUCGGCACUUUAACAGCUCCUAGUUUCGGAGCAGCCACAACCACCUCUGCACCAGCCACUGGGUUUAGUUUUGGCUCCACCAACACCGGAUUUGUGGGGCUUGGAGCUGGAAACACCACGGCUGGUGGGUUUAGUUUUGGGGGGUUUGGUUUAAAUGCCAACCCAGCUGCAAUCAGCUUUAAUGCAGGGUGCUUCUGUGCAGCAACCACUGCAGGCACUGUAUUCAGUUUUGGUAAUAGUCUGGCUAGCACAGGAACAUUUGGUGGCUUUGGGACAACUACAACAAGUGCUGUAGCACCAGGGUCAACAUUCAGCUUUGCUACCCCUUCGAAUACAACAGGAGGCCUGUUUGGUGCCACACAGAACAAAGGAUUUGGAUUUUCAUCAGGCCUUGGGACUGGAACCACCACUGGAACAUCAGGCUUUGGAACCGGAUUAGGAACAACCGGCCUUGGUGGGUUUGGAGGUUUUAACAUCCAGCCGACGCAACAACAAGGAGGCUUGUUUGGUCAGCAGCCUCAGCUCCAGGGUCAGACUCAGCCCACCCAGCUGUACCAGCAGGUCACCGCUCUGUCAGCCCCGACCCUGUUAGGAGAUGAACGGGACUCCAUUCUUGCCAAGUGGAACCAGCUGCAGGCCUACUGGGGCACAGGAAAGGGCUACUACAGCAACAAUAACCAGCCUGUGGAUUUUACUCAGGAGAACCCUUUUUGCAGGUUCAAGGCUGUGGGGUAUAGCUGCAUCCCAGUAAGUAAGGAUGAGGAUGGUUUGGUGGUCUUGAUGCUCAAUAAGAAGGAGGCGGAUGUGAGAGCUCAGCAGCAGCAGCUGGUUGAGUCUCUUCAUAAAGUCCUGGGAAGCAACCAGACUCUAACUGUGAAUGUGGAGGGUGUCAAAUCUCUGCCGAAUGACCAGACAGAGGUGAUCAUUUACGUAGUGGAGCGUUCCCCUAAUGGCACCUCCAAGAGGAUCCCAGCUUCCACCCUCUUCAGCUGUCUGGAGCAGGCCAACAUUAAGGUUCAACUCACACAGAUUGGAGUGGUCAUGUCAGUCACACGCACAGAACUCACCCCUGCUCAGCUCAAACAGCUGCUGCAGAACGCUCCUGCAGGAGUGGAUCCAAUCAUCUGGGAGCAGGCAAAGGUGGACAACCCUGAACCUGAGAGAUUGAUCCCUGUGCCCAUGGUUGGUUUUAAAGAGCUGCUUCGCAGACUGCAGAUCCAGGAACAGAUGACUAAACAACACCAGACUAGAGUGGACAUCAUCUCAAACGACAUCAGUGAGCUGCAGAAGAACCAGGCGACAACUGUGGCCAAGAUCGCUCAGUACAAGAGGAAGCUGAUGGAUCUCUCCCACAGGGUGCUGCAGGUACUGAUCAAACAGGAGAUUCAGAGAAAAAGUGGUUAUGCAAUCCAGGUGGACGAGGAGCACCUCAGGGUGCAGCUGGACACUAUUCAGUCAGAACUCAAUGCCCCCACGCAAUUCAAGGGCCGGUUGAAUGAAUUGAUGUCCCAGAUUCGAAUGCAGAACCACUUUGGAGCUGUGAGAUCAGAGGAGCGCUACAGCGUUGAUGCAGACCUUCUCAGAGAAAUCAAACAACAUUUGAAGCAGCAGCAGGAUGGCUUAAGUCACUUGAUCGGCGUCAUCAAAGAAGACUUGGAGGACAUCAAACUCAUUGAGCACGGACUGAGCGACGGUGGCCACAUGAGAGGAGGCAUGCUGAGCUGAACGUACAUUAGACCCUCCAGCAGCCUGAAAAAUGACACACUUUUACACCCAGACCAGUAAAUGUAACCAUCACAAGGCUUCACUUGGAGGAAGAAUCUCUGAACAGACUUAAAGGAUUCGUUUGAAAUUUCAUUCAUUUGCAUUUUUUUUUUUGUCAAUAAAAUAAAGUUUUAUC